UCACACAGGCUGCGUUUAAACCCGGGACCCACAGAUGCUGAUGCACGUCUGGGCAGAACCGAACCUUCACAACACACCUCAAACUAACACCAUGAAUUUGAACUACGCGUCUGCGGCGCCCACGCAGAGGUCCACGUCCUUUUUCAUAGAGGACAUCUUACUGCACAAGCCCAAGCCGCUCAGAGAGGUCAUCCCCUCGCCGUUCUGCAGCUCCCUGGCCUCCCGGAUGCCCAUCCUGGAGUAUGGAUACCCGCUGAUGCCCACCCCGAUACUGGCGCCCCAUCCGCACCAUCCCCUGCACAAGCCGGAGCACCAGUACUUCUUCACUUCUGGGAUGCAGAUGCCGGCCUUGUUCCAGCACCACGCGGAGUUACCAGGGAAGCACUGCAGGCGCAGGAAGGCCCGGACGGUUUUCUCCGACUCACAGCUGUCCGGCCUGGAGAAGAGGUUCGAAAUCCAGCGGUACCUGUCCACACCAGAGAGAGUGGAGCUGGCCACUGCGCUCAGCCUGUCCGAGACACAGGUGAAAACGUGGUUCCAGAACCGGCGCAUGAAGCACAAGAAGCAGCUGAGGAAGGCGCAGGACGAGCGGAAGCCUCCCGGGGAGAGGGAGCGCUCCGCGGAGAACUCGAGCGAGAGCGACGUGAACGACAAGAGCGCAGAGGAGCUCAAACACGGACUGGAGGCGGACUACGUGCUGGAGCACGACGACGAAGACGACGUGGACAUCGAGGACGACGUUUGCUCCCCGGAUCAUCUACUAUAGUAGGCUGCAGUUUGUUUCACAAGCAGCGACUAACACUGUACAUUUACUGUACAUACCACACAUGUUGCUGUUUUAACAUGGAGCGUUGUGGGUGUGGGUGUGGGUGUGGGUGUGUGUGGGUGUGCGUGCAGGGGGUCAGUCUAUAACAAUGUUAAUAUUUAUUCAAUCAUGCAAAGUGGGCCUUUCAUUUUUUUUAUUUUCUAAGAACUGCCCAUUUACCUCUUUGUACAGGCUAUAUGGGAAUUGUCGUGUUGUUAUGUCUGAGGAAACUCAGGCUUAUUGUUGUUAUUAUUAUUAUUGUUAUUAUUAUUAUCACUAAAAAGUCUUGACAUUUGUACAUUUCCACAUUUUUAUUUUCACAUGAGGAACAAAACAAUUGAAUUGCUCUUUGCUCUGAAGCAUAGACGCAUCA